AUGUCAGAACCAAAUAAACAAAUCCAUCAUCCACCAACUAAAGAAUGCCUUAGCAGGCUAAAAAAAGAAUUUUUAGAAAUAUCAAAGAACCCAAUCGAUAAUAUAUUAGUUUGUCCACAUAAAGAAAAUAUUUUGGAAUGGCACUAUGUAUUAUUGGGUAGCAUUAAUACACCAUACGAGGGUGGAGUGUUUUAUGGUCAACUUAUUUUUAACUAUGACUUUCCUUUAUCACCACCAUCAAUUAUAAUGACAACACCAAGCGGCAGAUUUGAAACCAAUAAAAGAAUAUGUUUAUCAAACUCUGACUAUCACAAAGAGAGUUGGUUACCCUCUUGGACAGUUGGAGGUAUUUUGAUAGGUUUAUUAUCAUUUAUGAACGAAAACGAACCAACUGCAGGUAGCAUAUUAACAACCAAUGAUGAAAAAAGAUUAUUGGCCUCUAAAAGUAUGGAAUUUAACAAGAAAAAUAAAACAUUCUGUGAUUUGUUCCCAUAUCUCAUAGAGUAG